AUGACUAGCUUGGAAAAAUCAGCUCCGCCCAAGGAUGAAGAGGUUAGCGACUCUUAUGAUCCCCAAAUUGGAGAAUCACAUCCAGUAAAAUGGCAUCGCUCAACGUUCUAUAACUCAAUUAUCCUUGGUCUUUGCAAUUUCCUCGCCCCAGGCAUUUGGACGGCAAUGAAUUCUCUAGGUGGAGGAGGUGAAGAGAAACCUUACAUUGUCAAUGCAGCAAAUGCUUUGACCUUCUGCCUUAUGGUGGUAUCGUGUUUCCUGGGUAGCGUGGUUGUUCGAUUCAUUGGUAUAAAAUGGACCCUGAUCGUUGGUACCAUGGGUUAUGCGCCAUAUGCUGCGGGUCUUUACACGAAUAACCGAUUCGGAGAUUCCUGGCUGGUCAUUCUGGGUGCAGCGCUCUGUGGUAUAUCCGCAGGCAUUUUCUGGAUGGCCGAGGGUGCGAUCGCGCUCUCGUAUCCUGAACCAUACAAUCAAGGUCGCUUCUUGGGACUUUGGCUCAGUUUCCGUGUCGGAGGACAGAUACUGGGUGGUGCGAUUAAUCUGGGUCUUAACGUCAACCGUUCGACUGCAGGAAGUGUAUCAUAUUCCGUUUACCUGAUCUUCAUCGCGCUUCAAGCUUUAGGGCCAUUUGCAGGACUGCUUCUCAAUUCACCAGAUCGAGUGCAACGCAAGGAUAGAGUUCCGGUCCAUCUUCGUGUUAACAACAGUGUCGGAUUCGAACUCAAGGAGAUGUCAAAACUGUUCAUCAAUCGGAAAUUUUUGCUUAUUGUGCCAUUCAUUUGUCAGGCUGUGUAUACCGAGGCUGUGAUGUUUUCGUACGAGGAUCUCUGGCUGACCGUGCGUGCAAGAGCCCUUGGCUCAUUCCUCGGUGGAAUUGUUGCUCUAAUAGCAGGAAAUGUUCUGGGUUCGUAUCUCGAUAGCAAGUCUAUCUCUCUCAGAACGCGAACGAGGUACGCAUUUUUCUUCGUGGUCGCCUGGCAAGGGAUGUGUUGGAUUUGGGCCACAGUGAACGUGACAGAGUUUCACAAAACAAGUCCAGUGUAUGACUGGGUUGACCCUGGCUUUGGGAAGGCGUUUGCCCUCUUUUUGUUCUGGGUUGCUGGCUUCCAGCUCAAUUAUAUGUACCUGUUCUUCCUGGUUGGGAACGUGGCCGAAGACGAGGAGGAGAUUGUCCGAAUUGCUGGGUUACUGCGUGGAGUUGAGUCUGCUUCUCAAGCCGUCAGCUACGGCCUCAGCAGUGUGACCAUUAUGGCAGCUGUCGGAGACAUCUACCUCAAUUUGGUUUUGUGGGCUAUUGCAAUUUUCCCGGCGUGGCUCAUUGUUAAAGAAGUUGGCACUGUUUUUGGAGACAAGAAGCUUGAAAGAGAAGCACGUGCUCUGCGUGAGCCAUCUGAUACUGAAUAA